UCGAACGGCGGGGCUGAUCGAGCUCCGGUGGUGAACAAUAUUCUCGUUUCUGUCAUCGUUGCGAGCGCCGGUCUGCAGCAGCAGCAGCAGCAGCAGCAGCAGAGCAGCUGCUGUUCGUCCAAGACACAACGUCACACUUUGUCCGCUGACUCCCGACUUACGACAACGUUUCCCGCCGACGUCACAGGCUGUUUGCAGACAUUCGACCCUUGGCGAUCGACAAAAGGAAGAGGCGGCGACACGACGAUCACGUUGCAAAGAAACUCACUACGAGCGCGUACAACGAAGAGUGUAAAAACGGGUGCGAACGAGGAAGACGAGUCUGUUUUGGUAACCGGUGGAACUCACACACGAAACCUGGGUCAAGGUUCGAGAAAAUCUGAAAAUUUGAACGAUGUGAGAGAAAUAUAUGGACGGACACCAAACGGACUGGGUAAAAUCGGCGAAAUCACGAAUACGUGGCGGGACGUGAAGCGGGCGUUGAGCCUGCUCUGCGUGAAGAAAUUCUCCGGCAGCGCGACAAUGCUGGAGGCGCCGCCCGGAAGUCGCGAAGACCUAGUAGAGGCUGCAAGAACUCCAUGUACACCCACCGAUCUGGACACGAUGCUGUACGGAUACACGAACAGCAUAUACGUGCUGGACCACACGCCGGAAUCCUUGCCGGACAUGGAUAUGCUGCAACUGUUCGCGUCUCCGGCAGGUCGAGCGCUGCUCGCGAGCGACAAUCGGCCAAGAGGAUCGACGUCGACCUCCUCUUUGUCACGAGAGUCCUCGUCGAGAUUGAAGAGCGGUAGACGGCCAUCGGGUACCGGCACAGUUAGCGCACCUACGUCGCCGAGACGGCGGAAGUCGAGCGCCGAGCUCUACAAGGAGGCCGUCGAGAUCCUCGGCCUCACUUGCUCGCUGACCGAUAGCUGCCGGUGCAUCGAUUGCCAGAGCAACUACUUCGACUGCGAUGACGAUUGCGCCGACGCCGGUACGGAAUUGGCUGCUGGCACUCCUAUUCUGUUGGACCAUGCAUUGUCGCAUCAUCUGACCGUGUGUUCCAUACAGUAGCAGGCUACUGGCAGACGAAGGCUUCGAAAUCUGUCCCCCAUUAGCCCGCUCUGCCACACGUUUCAAAAGAGGAUGAUAACGUCAUCGACACGUCGACAUCUCUCGACAAGCGCGCAACGUUUGCGUUAACAGAAAUCAGCGAGACUGAAAGCAACCAACCACGCGAUAUCACACAGAGAUCAAACACGCAACUGAAAAACUCGAGUCGUUAUAUAUUGUCUUGUUUCGCAGAUAUUUUUAGAAUUUCAUGCAAAUAUAUAUAUAUACAUUUUCUCCUGUUAACACACAAAACUAAUCUGGCAAUUUGCGCGAUUGCAAACGAUUACCCGCUCGCAAUAUGAGUUUUAUUCACAACACGAGUUUUUUUUUUUUUUUUU